CGAUAAUGCCGAGCCCACCCGUGUAUUAACUUUAGUCGAUAAUCCAACGGAAAAAUGGUGCGCUCGAUGGAACGGAGGUCUGUUUCCACUCGAAGUGAAAUAAGACGAGAUGCCGCGAGCGUGAGAAGCGUGUAAGCCGAGAGCAGAGAAUGGUCGAGGAAUUUCCACGAAGCCUCUUCGAUCGCUCGACAAGCCCGGGGUCCGGUAGUCGUUAUGUACAUUGGUGGCUCGCAUAAAGGCCACGGAAAGAGCCGAAACGAGACGGAAGGGACCGAAGUGUAACGCCGACGGUCGAGCACGAGCAACCCUCGGCAGGCUGCGACUGCUAUGGCUAUUGACCGAACUUGGCGGACCGGCCGGUCAGCUGUGCGCCGAGCCGCCGGAGAUAUUUUCUCUGGCAGGAAAUCGUCCGCGUAGAUGUAUGAUUCGCGGCCGGUGGCAACGGCGAAGAAAAGCCUGCCGGAGAGAACGGAUUCGUCGAGUGUGUCGGACGAGAUCCGUGGAAAAGUUUGACGCUUCGGCAACGAUCGGCGAAUGUGGAAAGGCAGAAGAAACCCAGAGAGACGACGAUAUCGGACAGCUAGACAGAGAGUCCGUGCCAAGUAUCGUAGUAUGUGACCGGUGAUUGGACAAGAAAUUCGUGGUGCGACUUAACGCUGUGUAUACUUUGGGAAAUCAUCGAAGAACACUGACUGAUCUCUCGCGACUUUGACGACCGCGAUCGAGUGAAAGCCGAAAACUUGGAAACGUUCUCCUUAUGCUUGUGAAUGAUGGAAUGAACUUGUACGGAGUAGGAGGACGUCGGUGUGUCACGAAAAAGAGCAGAAGAAAUAUAGAGGAGAAAAAGGGGGAAGAAGUUGAAGACUUGGCCCGCGGUUGGUAGUCGGCACGUAGACCGGCUGUACUCGGCCAGCAGACGAGCGUGAAACAGAGAAGUGGAAGAGAGCAAGGGAACGAAACGCGAGAGAAAGAAACAAUAGUAGCGAGGGUAGAAAAAGAGAGGGCGACGAAAAGAGUGAAGGAACGAACGGUGGUCGGGAAAGAGAAAGAGUAUAUCGCUGAGGAAAAAGACAGACGUAUAGAUAGGUGUCGUGCACAUACGUGCAGAAAGUGACGUGUGUACCGUCGUCGUGUGUGCAGGUGUGCGCGUGGUGCAGACUGCCGGUGCAAAAAGUGCAGUGCCCAGUGGACUUUUCCAUCUCGUGCGUGCGCUGUUUCUGCGAGUAGGCACGUAUAUGCCGGUGUUCCGGUGUGGACUGAUCGGAGAACGAAUAGGACGGUAAGAGAGUUCGAUACUAUGGUUUUCUUAUGCCAGAAGCUCGAUUAAUGAAAGAAAAGUCUCGUUCCAAGUGCAUCGUAGCUUUUCGCAGUAUCGUCGAAAUUCGGCUGUGUCAUUUUGUAGGAAUUGGAAAAUCGAGAAGCAAGAAUAUUUUAGUAUCGAUUUAAAAAGCCUACUUGAAUCGUUUGUCUCGACAGAACGGUCUAUCAAGGAGAAAAGGAUAUACGUGUGGCGAGAAAAGAAACGAGGUAAUAAGAUCGUCCGUGACGAACUGCUUUACCGACAGAACCCGUUGACUCACUGUUGGUAAGGUGGCUCCAUAGUGAUCUAUCGACGAGGAAGAACGCCAGGCAGACCGAGGAGACGCAGCAGUCGCGGAUUACUGGUGGUCGUGAUAAGGGCAAUCGCGGAUGUGUUCCGUUUUGUAAUCGACGAUCUUUGAGCGGAUCGUUUGAAUCGACGUCUACUGUUUAUUACACAAAUAACGAAGAUUAUGGAAACGUUGUUAAUUGGUUUUAUCGUACGGUCGACGACCGACUGUGAGAAUUAAAAAAGGAAGAGAAGUCGCCAGAUUCUCGCGCAACGUUACGUGUGACUUGGUGAACUCAUGAGAUUAGCUGAGCACGUUUCUACCAUGAACGACCGUUCCUCUGUUCGUCCCUCGCCGCAACUCGAGAACUACUUUGUAACUAUAUCUAACUCGUCUUGAAUUAACGCACGCUAUCAAGACGGCAGACAGAAGCCGGUUGUUUUACCGCAAUUAACGACGACGAUUGAAGGUUACGAAGAUCCAGAGCACCAAGAACGUCCUUUCUUUCUCGCUCUCUAUCUCUCCAUCACGAUCUUGAAAAGGCAGUGAACAAUUUCCCACGGGAGACUAAGAGGUUAGAAGAAGUAACACGAAAGGAGCAACAAAGCAACGAAUAAACGUUAACGGGCACGUUUGCUUCGGUAGGCAGAAAUAAUCGGAGAUCGUGGCGCGCGCAUGUUGUUCGAUCCGCGACCGAUUCGAUCUGAAGCGUGCGCGAGCAGAAAAUCUUGUUCGACCGCAUUGGUAAAAUAAUUCGAUCUAAUUGACGAAGGGAACCGCUUUAAGGUCAUCUGGACUUGCUCUCUCGAAUAACCCACGAGGAUCUCUCUUCUCUCGUCUAUACAGGCUCGCGGGACUACGUUGAAAAUCGUUCGGUGUCGUUGCUUGACGAAACCGGUUUCGUUCGGCUCGGCGAAUCUCGGCGUUUAUACAAAGGUCGUGUGUGCGCGCACGAGAGAGAGUGGUAGGAGUGAGAUUUAUGGAAAACGAAUUUACACGAGGUCACACCCACGGGAGCGACUCUCUCUCUCUCUCUCUCUCUCUCUCUGUUUUUUUUUUUUAUUUUCUCUUCUUUAUCCGUGGUGUCCAUCUAUUUCCACUUGGAGAGUAUAUUAAUAAUAAAGGACGAAGUCGAGGAAUGCAGCUCGAUUCACGUCAUUGGAUCACGUCGUUGGAUCACGUCGACCAAGAAGAGGUUACCCAUUGGAAAUUCGACGGACCUUCUCUCCCUCCUUUACGCUCUCUAUCUCUUUUCAUGCUAAUAACGAGUGGAACCUUUCCUUCUCAAAGAUAUCGACGUGUUCGACGAUAAGCUAACCAUCGAAUACGAAACGACACGUUUCUCCGCAGCUGAUUGGCAAUUAACAUUGCGGCGAUUGGACGGAGCCGGUUUCCAGCGACGACUAGAAGAAGCCCUUCGAAUAGAACACGCAGAGAAUCGAGGAUCGCGCGUUGUCGUUUGGCCGCGAGAAAAAAGAAACAACAUACCGGCGAAUCGACGAAUCACGACCUACUCUAAUACUACGUCUGUCUCGGACGAAUAUCCGAUCGCUGAAUUACUCUGUGGCGCGUCUCUGAAAAAGAAAAGGAAAGAAAAGAAGAAAGUGUGCGGCUGCAAGCUCGAUCGCGGGUGCGUUGGUGGCGGCGACAUGCGAAUGACCUUGAAACGCGACUCGACCCAAGCGAUCAGGUUUUUAAGACGCGAGAAUCUGACAACGACGACGAGAACGUACCGUCCCGGAGGACAGUGGAGACAGAAGGAGAGUAAGUAAAAUAAGUAGUUUGUGUGUGCGUACCGUGAGACGGAGCCGAAAGGCGGAACCUCGAGAGGAAACCUCGCCAGAGGCAGACGAGGCGAACGCGAAGGCGACGAUGACGGGCGACUCGCGUCGAUCGAGGGAGGCUCAGGACUCGCCGGAAAGUAGCAACUCGAAAUCGACAGCCUCAGUGGAAGCGUUUAAUAAAACCUAGUCGUGGCUGGAGCUUUGAUGAUCGUGAUCGGCCUCAGCGAUGAAGCGGGCGUCGAGUGCAUCCGCCGCAGCUGCUGCGACCGCUGCUGCCUCGCAGGUGCAGCCUGCGGUCAGCUUACACGGCAGGAUACACGAUCUCUUUAGCCCGAUAACAACGGCGAGCUACGCGGACAAGGAGGAAUACGAGAAGCUCGCCGAAACCAAGUUCAGAACAGACACGACCAAAGUAUCGCCCAAGGGAAACCCGAACGAUGACACUAAAGCUAAAUCCACGGCCAUGUCGCGGCUCUUAGCCGUCGAUUCUGACAAUUACAUGCUUCGCAAAGGCGCCACCUCGGCGAACGCCGCCGUCGCCUCGACGUCCGCCGUCUCCGCGACGAUCGUGCCGCCAACCUCGGUACCGAACGCCUCCGCCUCGAUCGCCUCGAAUCUGCAACUACAUCCCAGACAGAUACAACCGCCACGUAAUUUUCACGCCAAUCUUCUCGCCAUUAACAGCAACGGAGCUUACGGUGAUCUUCAAAGUACCAUUACGAUCAGCGCAGCGACGAGUCCCGCCAACUCCUCCAAAUCUCUGCCCACCAACGAGCCAUCGUCACCCCCAGAACCAGUCAGACCUAAAGGAAGUGCCGCGUUGUCCUUGCUCAAACGAUACUCCGUUAACCAGCAACAAACCCACUCUGUCAAUAAUACCACUUCCUCCUCUUGUUCCGCAAAUUUCACGAACGUUCCCGUAAUCCGAAAACAACAAGUUUUGAAGUCAUCGUUGACCGCCUUUGUGGACGAGUUUCGAUCCGAGCCAACGUUGAAAAGCACGUCGAACGAAUUGCUCGAAAGUUCAGAGGAAUUCGCGCGUCUUUGGCCGAGUGGGCUGUUUCCUUGCGCGAGAACAACGUCGUUCCAUCAAUAUCUGUGUUCGUGCGAGAAUCUUCUGCGGCAACAAAACGGCGAAACGUCGAUGAACGGUGUCGCGUACGAUCUAGUGACAGAGAAUGGCGUCUAUUCGAAUUCAAUCGGUCACGAGGGCUUCGGUGGUGAUAGCGGGCAGCGUGCCCUUGACAAGGGCAUUGGAGCCGGCCGUGAGUUGCCGGCUGCUAUGCGUAAUCUAUGCUGUUGCAUGUGCGGUUCUCUAUGUCCUCCAGAGUGCCAUGCGUGCUUCCACGUGGUCUGCUCGGAGCACAGCGGGCAGCACCUCUGCCAAUGGAGUAGCAAGGGUCACGCGCUACCGGGCCAGGUUCUCGACAAGGACAAGCCCGUAAGCGAGUGGACGUCCCUAAACGUCGUCGAAUGGAUGGCUGCUCUAAAUCUCUACCGCUAUGCGGAUGUUUUCAAGUCUAAGGACGUCAAGGGGAGCGAUCUUCCUUUUCUGGACCGGGAUAAGCUGAUGAAUAUGGGCAUCAAGGAUGACUUCCACCAGAAGACCAUUUUAGCCUGCAUCGAGGAGCUCUGUCAUGCUACGUCUGCAAGCGCCACGUUGUCAGAGGCAGCCGUCGCUGCUACGCCGAACUCGUCCUCCGGUACCGUGGUCAACGAGGCGAUCACCAGUGGUAGCGGCUCCGUAGCCACCGGCAAUUCGCCGCACACCCUCAUGCCUCAGAGCUUUAGCGUAUUGGAGAAGUGCGAUAAGUGCCAUAAAUACCUGAGGGGCCUGCUGCACCAAGGCUUUCUCUGUCUGGAUUGCGGUCUGGUAGCUCACAGGACUUGUACAGCAACGGGUUUACCCUCCAACUGCAUACCAGUCGACUCGGAAAAUCGUAGCCAUAGAUUUACUCCAGUAUUCGGUCUUGGCCUGUGUUCGCAAUUCGACAUCUCCUCGCGCUCGGCACCGCUGUUGGUGGAACGAUGCACUAGUGUCUUGGAGGAGAAGGCAUUCGAGGACAGCACGCUGGAUCUGUACAAAGUCUACCACAGUAGUCCUCCCAACGAGCAAACUUUGGAACUGCGGCAAAAAUUAAACGAAGAUGUGUGUAACGCUGAUCUAAGUUCGUAUAGUGCUCAAUGCGUAGCGAGCGUAUUGAAAAAAUUUCUACGAGAGUUGCCAGAUCCUGUGAUUCCUGUACAGUUUUACGACAGAUUUAUAGAAGCAUCCAAUACGAAAAACGAUGAGCAGUGUGCAGCACGUCUGGGACAGCUCGUUUCAGAACUUCCAGAUCAUCACCGUAGUACUUUGUUUCACUUGAUGGCUCAUUUCUGUCGUAUCUGUCAAUUACAACACGGAAGGGGUUACACGGAACCUCCCACAAUCCUUAUACAAGUGCUGUGUCAUAUUUUCGUUAGACCUCCUUGGGAACGGAUCGUACAAAUAGUACAUAAUAUCGAGGCGCAUAUACGAAUAGUGGAGGUGUUGUUGUUGCAUGGUGAUUGGAACGAGAGAUUGCCUCAAUUUGCGAGCCCACCCCAGUUACCACCGCGAAAAGUUUCGAGGCCGCAGUUUCCAGUUUUAGAUCCGUUCUCCGUUCUUGACGAGGAUAAUUCGAUGGACCGAACGGUGUCAGUCUCGGAAAGCAAGGAGUCUCAGCAGCAACCCCACAGGCCACGCACGCUUCAGGAGGCUGAAUGGUAUUGGGGAGAUAUCACGAGGGACGAAGUGAACGAGAAGAUGAUUGAUUCGCCGGACGGCACUUUCCUAGUACGCGAUGCGUCUUCGAAGGGUGGGGAAUACACAUUGACGUUGCGUAAAGGUGGGACCAACAAGCUUAUCAAGAUUUGUCAACGGAACGGAAAAUAUGGCUUCUCGGAGCCGUAUAACUUUCAUUCGGUUAUCGAGCUGGUGGAUCAUUACAGGAAUUGUUCUCUGACGCAGUAUAAUUCCACGCUGGACAUUAAACUGUUGUACCCUAUAUCCCGGUUUCAACAGGACGAUGAAAUUGCAAGUACAACGGACAUGGCGAACGUUGCGCAGAAAUAUGUCGAACUUGAUAAAGAGAUAACCGACUCGUUGAAAGAGUAUAGGGAACUUUCGGAAUUGUACAAUAGGACGUCUUUCGAGGUCCAGUUGAAACGGCAAGCGUUAGAAGCUUUUUCGGAGGCUAUCAAAAUGUUCGAGGAUCAAAUGAAAUUGCAAGAGAAAUUUCAGAAAGAAGCUCAACCGCAUGAAAUAUCAACAUUAACUGAUAAUGCCGAGUUGUUAAAACGAAGACUGAAAUCCUUAGAAGAUAGCAGGGAGGAGGUGGAUUGCAAUUUGAAGGAUCAGAUCGCCUACAAUAGAACUCUGGAAAGAGAAAUGCACAAAUUGAAACCUGAGCUAUUGCAACUCGUACGUCAAAGGGAUAAACAUCUAAUAUGGUUGAAAAAGAACGGUAUGAAACAGAAUAAAAUAAGCCAACUCGUGCUAAAUCAUUCGUUGUCGAAUCCUUUGUUGGGUGACUUGGCUUACGGAGAUCUUCAAGAAGUGGAUCUCGAAGUUCAUUCCGACGAAACGACUUGGCUAUAUCUCGAAUGUUCUCGAUCCGACGCCGAUCGGAUACUCGCUGAGAGGCCGGAUGGUACUUUCCUUAUUCGAACAUCAAGAACAGGACAAUACGCACUUUCCAUCAUGUGUAACGGUACAGUGAAUCAUUGCAUAAUAUAUGGUACCGAACGUGGUUUUGGAUUCGCUGAACCGUACAACAUCCACAAGAGCUUGAAACAUUUGGUGCUACAUUACGCACAGAAUUCCCUGGAGGAACACAACGAGAGUCUUAACACGACUCUGGCUUAUCCAGCUUUUGCCUCGCCCGCUGCAUUGUCGCAGUUGCAGGCUCAACAAAUGCAGUUACAGAUGAAAAUGCACACGCAAAACCAAUUACAGCUAACACGUCCCCUGGAAAAUCAACAUUACAUGACGCACACGUAAUGCUGGCGUGUCGAUCAAUAGAAUUACAGAAUUAAUUAGGAUGUACAUGUGCAUGAAUGUUUCCGUGAUUAGCUUUCGAGGUGUGAUUUAGAAAUUGGAAAUUAACGAGGCGAUGACAAAUGGUUUUUCGAGGAGGGCCCUGUGAAAUUUCUAUUCGUUUUAAUCGGUACGGUGGUAUUAUCUAGGGGAAAACAAGACGCGACAAUUGAUCGUUCCAUUUUUAUAGGUCGGAGGUAAACGCUUCCUUAAACAAAGAGUACAGUGGUAUCGAUAACGAAGGGAGAAACAUUGGUAGCGGUAGCAACUGUCAGAAGCUAUAGUUUAUAACAUAAUUAUAUACGUAUGUUACCGUGGCGCAGCAAAUAAUUGUUUCGGUCUACAGGACCACACUGCAUAGAUUUUACAAUUUUCUCGGGGUCUACAGACCUUUUUGACAGAUCUUAUCGAUGAUCGACUGAAAAAAUUUACUUGAGCGCGUUUGCGAGACCCUGAGUACGGAAAUGAUCUUUUGUUGUCAGUUUGUAUCUUCGAUAUAGGGAGAAUCGUUUGGGUGUUGGAACGUGAUACGUUGCAUUUUUCAAGAUGCACUUAUUCGAUCGAAUACGUCAGAGUAACAGAGGCAUAUAUCUAGUCUUACAGGCAAUUUGAUGGAAGAAACAAAUACGAUUGAGCAGAACGAAACAUAAGUCUGACCACGCUCAAACUACUCGCAGUUUCGAUUGGUAAUCAGGGUAGUUGCAUUUCGUAAAAAUUUGAUACUAAUCUAAGGUUGAUGGACGCAUCCGUUCUUCUCGGGGCUAACGGAUAAACACAACACAUUUCGUAGACCGCUGUACUUCUGACUUCUUCGAUAACUUUUUGUGAAUAUUUCCCAGACCUCCGUUUGUGUAACGCGCGGUACGCGAUACGCGCGGGCAUCGUUUAUCGUGAAUAUGAUUCACGAAGUUUAAGAUCUACAACAGUGAUAUUAGAAUAUAUAAUUAGAACGCGUCGCAUAGAACAUAUAACUGAGCCUUUUGGAUGCUUACGGAAUGUUUUUGGUAGUGAUAUACUAAAGUAGCAUCAAUCACGGUUGAACAACUGGACGACGAGGCUGGUUUCGGAUAUUUCGAUCCACGUUACUUCCGAUCGAUUUUCGAUUUAAAACGUGCCCGCCCGCGUUGCUUACGAACUUCAUUACAACGAAAAAGAAAAAAGAAAAAAAAAAAAACAAAAACAAAGUUUUUCACGGAUGCGCGGGAACUUUUUUAUAUAUAUAUAUGUUAGAUUUCAAGUGCUGUGCCAGAUCUGUAUAGGCUACUACGCGUGUCGAAACAAGUGUGUGUGCUAAGGGAGAGAGUGUGUGUGUGAGAGAGAGAGAGCGAGUGGGAAAGAGAGAAAGGGAAAUCGUUUUUCGAAAAGUUAAACAUAUUGUCUGUGAUUUCGGAUUGCCGAGAAAAAAAAUAUAUAUAUAUGUAUAUAUAUAUAUAUGUAUAUACAUAUAUACAUAUAUAUUAUAUCGUGUCUAUAAUUUUCCAAUUGAUUUUUACAAUUCGCUUUUCUUCUCUAUCACUACUUGUUUUUUCCCUUUAAGGUUUACGAAGCGUGUGAUCGUUGGUUUAAUACGCGCGUCGAUUUCGACGAAUAUAGGUAGAAUUAUAUUGCGACGGAAUGUGCAAAAGCUAAUCGUGAUUUUAUUAAUUGUAAUUUUUUCUUACGUUCGGUACUUCUUUUCUGUGCGCCGUGUCGAGAGUCUUACGAGUCUCGUCGCGCUCUUUUCUCUAUCCGACUCGAUGUAUUUCAGGCCCUGAAACGGCACGAGACGUCGUUUUCAUUCGAUUUUAUCCGUAUUCCCAUUGCACCGAAUACCGGUAAAAUCUAUGCACGCAGAACUCGACGUUCUCGUAAACGUGUGGAACAGGGUCGAUCUGUUUCUCGCUUUAAAUAUCAAAGCUCAUUGUACUCUUUGAAUGAUCUCAAAAGGUAACGGUAGUCUCGUUGGUUGGCACGGCAACGAGAAGAAUCACAGUUGAACCGGUCGCGAUUGAAUCGAUACUCGAGAAAUUUUACGUAUUACAUUGCGGUCCGUAAUCGUAAAAGUGUAUCGAGGGCGAGCCACGCGAACAAUGGUUUCACGACUUGUAGCGGUCACUUGAGUCGAAAACGACGAUUCUUCCUGUUCUCGUUUCUUCCCGCGCGAUUCUCGCUACCGCAUAGUCAAAAGAAAACUGAACCGAUAUAACGUAAUGGAUCGAUGGACGAGCGAGAAACGAUCUCGAGUUUGAAAGAGUUGAAAGCAGCGACGAGCUUCAAUUUUUUUUUUCUCUUUUCUUUUUUCUUUUCUUGGUCGUUCGUUUGUUCGGUAUAGGAUGAUGAAUUUCGAGGAUAGGAAAGAAAGGUGGACAGAGACGCAAGCGACAGAAGGGGGGAAAACAGACUGUUAAAGAAGGGAAAGGCUCGUUGCUCAUCCUAAAAGCUUCGAAUUACGUAGAUUUAGGUAGUUUAGGUUUUUUAUACGAGAAAAACAAAUUAAGUGCCCUGGCGCUGAUAGGCUCAUAUAUUGUAGAUUCCGUGAUCGUCCAAUCGCGUACAGGUGCAGUAUUCGAUCGUUGUUCAAUCGCAUCGUCACCGGGUCGCCCGUUUCUUGAACGUUUCGAUUAUUCAAGUCGUUGAACGUUUUGCUUUCGGAAGUCGAUAGUUCCCUUUGCAUUUUAAUCUGUUUAUCGUUCGACGUGUUUCGUCGAUUCUAACAUAGGUCUUUAUCUUUAUCACGACUGUGAAAGAUAGAAAGAGAACACAAAGAGAAGAAACUUCGAAGACAGCGUUUAUACCGUCGAUAGGAAGAAGGAAGAGUUACGAUAGAAUCGACAGCGGAAUUAAACAUGUAAUUAUAAUUUCAAAUGGCCGAUUAGAAUGGUAAAGAAAGCCACGACUUGCCGCGAAUAAUUAAUGACAGUGAAGCAGACGGAAACGUGCAAUCCGAUGACGGGUAGCGUAGCUUUUACGUGGUAUAACCAGCUGUAACGGCGACGAGUUCGAGAUCCGCGUUGAACAUUCACUGGAAUAUCGGAUUCGUCGAAUCCUCGUUGAAUCUUCAAAUAGAAAUAAAAGAUACGCGCGUAGAGAGAGAUCUUCGAAACCCACGACCAUUACCGCUCCUUUUGUAGUUGGUUCUCGAGUUUGGGAGACCACAAACUGGCUGCUUGUUCCAACGGGAUCCAUCGGGUUUCUCGCGACUCGCUCUCGUCGUCCUUUCUCAGGAGCAGGAGUAACGCAAUCUACACGAGUUAAAAGUACACGACUACACACACACACGCGACCAUCGUACAUUAUCAAAUACAUAUAAACAAACACGUAAACAAAGUGCGCGCAGAUGCAUGCCCUUGUGCGCGAAAUACAAACAGUGAGUUAGAAAUAAAGAAGAAAAAAAAAAACAUAAAAAAGAAAAAAAGAUACGAGAUACAUUCGUUGGCGAAAGAGUAUAUGUCGUGGAAGUACGAUGAAAAAGAGGAGAAUGAUUUGAGAAAAAUGGAAAAAAAUAUAUGAACAUAUAUAUAUUAUAUAUAUUAUAUAUCUAUAUAUUUUUACUUACUUUGAAAACAAACCUUUAAUUGAUUAUUUAUAAUAUAUUCGUGCGUAUGUUGUAUACAUAUGUGUAUAUACAUAUAUUAUAUCGUAGCAUCGUGGUGUACCAUUCGAAGGUACGUAAACCUUGACGAUCGCGUUUUCCACGAGAAACGACGCGUAUCGUGGAACGCGAGAUCCGCAAGGCUCGUGCGUUUUCGAAUAUCGUCGAUGAAAGGCAACGUGCACGCGUGCACACGCACGUUCAAUAAUUUUUCCAGGGGAAGGCCAGGCAUCUUUUCUUUAAUAACGUCCGCGUUUGUCUGUGACAAGCGCCGACAAUUAAUAAGCGCGACCGAACACACAAGACGUUUCUAUUUUUAAGGCCGAGCGAAAUUCGCUUUGGCAUCGCUCGAUCGGAACGUGAUCGCGAACGGCUGCGCAACAUUGACUGGAAUCGUUUCAAUUUUCACGCGCUCAUAUUCGAAAAACGUUAUUGGCUUGUCUUGACCGAUUCUUUUUUUCUUUCAUCGUGUGCACGCGUUUACGUCGAUAGAUUGGAUCGCAGGCGGUUUAUUUGGAGCAUCGAUGGAGGCGAAUAAGAUUAAGAAAGAACGCGAGAUGCUCGCGCGCAACUGAAACCAAGGUCGGGGUAAAUUAAGUGCAACAAAUACUCUGUGUAUAGAACGAACAUGGAACGAACUGGGAAUCGGAGAAAAUUAAAAUAUUCAAUGGUUAUCGUAGUGGCGAGGGAAUUUACCGUGGCAACGGAAGGAAAUUAUGUUUGCAACUGUGAACGAAACGGGACGAGACCGAAUCAUUCCAAGUAUUUGUCGUUUGGACUUGAUUUACCUCGAUCGUAUUUAAUCCACUGUACGCAGUGGGCUAUAUCCGAUCUGUCCGAGUCGAUUUUUCACGUAGACUCGAUGACGAUCGACCGCGAGACGUUGAUCUCUCGCGGUAACCUUUUGUAUUUUUCGAAAAGGGGACGAGUCCUCGUUUGAGAUUUUAUGGCAUAAUAAAAAGAGAGAGUCAGGCAACGUCGAUUGUCCGAUACAAAACACGUGUCACAUCACGAUGUACAUAGAGAUAUAUCCGAGCUAUGGUGGUGAGGCUCUUUUAUAUAUAUAUAUAUAUAUAUAUAUAUCUAUAUAUAUAUAAACAAACAAAUACUAAUAAUAAAAGAAGAAAGGGAAGUGAAAAAGAAGGAGAAGAGAAUGAUUUGGAAAUUAACGUGGACUUCUCGGCGGGACCGGUCCAACAGUUUCUUUCGCGAGCCGAAACUUUAGCGAACGCUCGACCAUUUCCACGACGGUGUUACCUUCAUAACACUUGUUCGGUCCGAUGAUCCUUGGAACGAUCGAUAUCCUUUUUUUACAUUUGUGCCAGCGUGCCGACCACCGUGCCUCGUCGAGUCGACGAGUCAAUUUCGGGGAACCAAAAGAAAUUCGAAGAUACGAGGAGAACUACAGAGAAAUCGGAUCGACUGGACGAGGCACCGUGACUUUUGUCGGCGAUUCAACGGGUGCUCGCUGGAUCGAAACGAGAUCGAUGGUUGAAAAAGGGGAUGAGAAUCGUUGGAUGGUUUAGCGAUUGAAGAAUCGAGGAAGGAGAGAAUUUUAUGGGGGCGAAAAAAGGUUAGGGAGAGAAGAGAAAAGAAUGAUACGCGAUGAGAGAAGAUAACGUGUAAAGUUGCCUUAGUUUUUCUACAAGUUGAACAGGUGCGAUAUGUGAGCGAGCGAGAGAGAGAGAGAGAGAGAGAGAGUGCGCAUGCAAGAAAGAGAAAGUAGAAAGGUCGAGGAACAGAGAGGGACGAGAUAUUUCGUACGGUGCGAAUCGUCGAUCAACGAGCAUAUAUUGUACGACGGCAAAAGAAAAGAUAAAAGUGACAAGAGAUGAUCGAUCUAGUGAGAUAUUCUGGUAUGCUCGUCACGAAAUGAAGAGCCUUGCAACAUAAAGAAAGAAAUUUUCUGCGAAACAUUGAUAAUCAAAUCGUAUCGAUAACACUUAUCAUAAUCGAAACCCUAAUUUCUAAUACAUAAAUAGCGAUUCCUGUAAUAGUAUGCGAGCGCCGAUUUUUCCUGACAUUUGGAAAACUUAUAUAGAGGAUACGACGAACAGUUUCUCUGGACGUUCGUGGACACUCUUUUUCUAAUAUUUGCAGCAAUAUAUAUAAAUAAUAUAUUACUCUGGCGGUUUAGCUAUGGGCAAAACUCUCAGGUUCCAGUUACUAACGAGAUAUUUAAACUACCUAACGAACUAUUGUACACGGAGAAAACGAGUAAUUUAAGCGUUACGAUACGUCCUUUUAUCGAGUAAACCGAUGAAACAUGGAUUCGAUUCCUCUCUUUUGUCAAUGCUAACGAUUUAAGUAGAAACAAACAGGCCAAUAGGAAAUAGAAACUAGUGGAAAGAACGAAGGAUCGCCGUAGACCAAUAUAUUGUUACCCUAGGCAUAACGAAUUAAUUGUAAAUUGUAAAAUCGGAGUAUCUCUCGACGCCUCUGCUCCAGAAAUGGCUGAGAUCGGGGGAAAAAAGACGAUUCCAAGAGAAAGUGCGAGAGUCUGGCGAGAAAAGCGUGUGUAUGCUUGAGAAGAUGCGAGAAGUCAAAGAGCGAGAAGGUUAAAGAUCACGCAAGAAUGUCGUGUGUAACGAUCUUCGCAAUUUACCCAAGUCUGCGUCUAAAUUACAGAAGAAAAGAGGUGGGAGGAGAAUUCGUUGAUCGUGUUACCUAUCGAGGGCAACUAUCUCCGUUUGAUAUGCUCGAAAAAAUUCACAGAAUUGGGCGUUAUUUUCUAACGAAUUUUUCAUUUAAAGUUCAAACGAAACCGAAGACAACCGUGUGUAUAAAUCGAAGUUGAUUCACCGGUAAGCGUGGCUGUUCACUUAGCAAAGUGUUGCGAAUAUGCGCGACGUAAAAACGUAUUCUUGGCGCGUGAUGGAUCGUCGAGGAAUUCGCGUACGCUCUCGAGGACAACGUUCGCCGAAUAAAAUAUUGCCCAACUCUGAUCUCUUGCCAGUUAAGUAAAAGCACGAUACAUCCCAAUUGGGGGGAUAUCUCGACCGUCUAUAAUAUACAAUACGCGUUCGAACCGCGAGAACACGGUUUCAAGACGAUUUCGCUCCUAUCGAUCGUCUGUGUUAAAAUAAAGCGUGUGUGUGUGUGUGUUUGAGAGAGAGAGAGAGAGAGAGAGAGAGAGAGAGAGAGAGAGAGAGAGAGAGAGAGAUCGGUCGCACGCGAAACCGUCUUAAAAUCGUGUUCGACCGUCGACAGAUUUCGUGUACGUCCAUUUGGAUCCUUGCCAGUCUUUUUCUUUCUUCGUUUUCCGUGGCCGGGUAUCGUGUGAGACGCAAAUGUGUCGGUGGACAUCGGGGCGUCUGUAUGCGAGUGAAAAAGCACGAUCGUGUGGUGGUUGCGCUGCAAGGCGAUAAUCGCUGAUCAUUAAACGAAUCGGUUCAGCGAAUGGAUUCUAUUUCGCGGAUAUGCGAGAGAGAGAGAGAGAGAGAGAGUGGGUGGGGAGGGGAGGGAAGAGAUUGGAGUGAGAAAAAAUCGAGAGGGGUGGGUUUCGGAUACCUGGGGCUUAUGGGAUGGGGAUUACACGGGGGGGAGGGUGUUACAAAAGAAGGCAGAGAAGAAGUUAUCGAUAUACAAUUAUUACGUUAUUAACGAAUGUAUGCUGUCCCACUGUGAUAAAACUUUUUGUUUUUGCAUGUAAAAUAUACUAUUAUUGUCAUAAGUAUAUGAGACGAUGGAAAAGAACAAAAGGAAAAAAAAAGUGAAAUAUUAUAAAAACGGUGCAUGUAUAUAGAUAUAUGCGCCGAGGCAUGCGCGAUCUUAGAACGAUCUAUGUAUGUGUACUUAUAUAUCUAUAUAUGUGCAGGCACACAGACACGAAGACACUUACACAGACACAUGUAACACAACACGAGCAUCAUACAUAUAUUGUGAUUGAGUGUGCACGCAGUAAAAGUGUAUACUACUACAAAGAAUACAAAUUUUAAUUACCGGACCGACCUGUCUUCAUGCGCUUGCGAUCGAUGGUCGGAGCGAGGGUGGACGGGUGGCGGGAUCGUUCGUCGUUCGACGAUUUGGUGCAAUCCGAGCGGGCACCAGCGCGUUUUACAAAUUUGCAAAAAUUUUCCAGUGAUUCGAAUGCUCUCGCGUUCCAAGGACCGAGAUACGAUUUGCAUUCUUUUUCUUUUUUUUUCUAUUCGAACUACGGAUCGGGAGAACAGCUUGCGAUGGUAUUCUGUCGAAAUUGCGAUUGAUAUAAAGCGGCUUGAUUAUUUCGAUGUCGUCUCCAGUUGGAGACUGAUGGAGGAAACGAACGAUUUAGAUGGUCUACGAAAUUCUCCGCGAAUAUAUCUCGUCUGUUUUUCGAACAACAACGCGUUUAAAUAUAUUCGGUUUUAAUGGGGCACGUGGAAUUUGACGGAUUCUGUCGAAGUGCAUGAAAACUGGUGGUACAAUGAAUGUUUACUCGCUUUUUCGCGCAACGGUCAUCCUCAUAUUGUACCGUUUAUUUGGUAGUUCUACCAUGUAAAACCAUUUAUAUUUGCAUAUGAUUAAUAUGUUUUACUUAUAACA